AUGAUAGAUAGCUAUUUCAGAAGCUGGCAACUUCUCGAACUUCCUGCAGCUGUUCCCGUCGUGUUUGUGAAGAUUGUCGGAACUCACAACUCUGCUAAUGAAGUGUUCCACUGUGUUCACUUUGAAUGCCCAGCUGACCCGAAUGCUCCUCCUGUCGAUGAACGAUCUGUACUACCUAAGGAUAUCGUCGCUGAAGAGAUGGAACAGUGA